CGCCCACUGCUCUGUCGCAUGUUGUUGACUUCAGAGCUCAAACCAGUUCCACUUCUGAGGAAGAGGAAGUCAGACGGUUGUCGGGACUGAGAGGUGAAAUGGCGCAGACAGGAGUUCAGCUGCAGAGAGAAACCUUCUCUUGUCCCUGCUGUUUGGAUCUUCUGAAGGAUCCGGUGACUCUUUCCUGUGGACACAGCUUCUGUAUGAACUGUAUUAAAGACCACUGGGACACAGAGGAUGACAGGAGGAUCUACAGCUGCCCUCAGUGUAGAGAGGUCUUCACACCAAGGCCUGAAGUGAAGAAAAGCACCAUGUUAGCAGAUUUAGUGGAGGAGCUGAAGAAGACUGGACUCCAAGCUGCUCCUGCUGAUCACUGCUAUGCUGGAGCUCAAGAUGUGGCCUGUGAUGUCUGCACUGGCAGGAAACUGAAAGCUCUCAAGUCCUGUUUGAUUUGUUUGGCCUCUUACUGUGAGGAACAUCUCCAGCCUCAUCAUCAAUCACCUCCAUUAAAGAAACACAAGCUGGUGGAGCCGUCCAAGAACCUCCAGGAGAACAUCUGCCCUCAUCAUGAUGAGGUGAUGAAGAUGUUCUGCCGCACUGAUCAGCAGUGUAUCUGUUAUCUCUGCUCUGUUGAUGAACAUAAAGAUCAUGACACGGUCUCAGCUGCAGCAGAAAGGAAGCAGAAGCAGAGAGAGCUGGAUCUGAGUCGAGAAGAAAUCCAGCAGACAGUCCAGGACAUAGACAGAGACGUGAAGGCGCUUCAACAGGAGGUGAAGACUCUCAGUCUCUCUGCUGAUAAAGCAGUGGAGGAAACAGACGAGAGCUUCACUGAGAUGAUGCGUCUCCUGCAGAAAAGAAGCUCUGAUGUGAAGCAGCAGAUCAGAUCCCAGGAGGAAACUGAAGUGAGUCGAGUAAAAGACGUUGAGAAGAAGCUUCAACAGGAGCUUGUUGAGCUGAAGAAGAGAGAAGCUGAACUGAAGCAGCUCUCACUCACACACGACCACAACCAGUUUCUCCUCAACUUCCGCUCACUGUCAGCACUCAGUCCAUCUACACACUCGUCCACCAUCAACGUCCGUCCUCUGAGACACUUUGAGGACGUGACGGCGGCUGUGACAAAGGUCAGAGGUCAACUGCAGGACCUCCUGACCAAGACGUGGACAGACAUCUCACUGGCUGUGGCUGAAGUAGAUGUUUUACUGACAGAACCAGAACCAAAGACCAGAGCUGAAUUCUUCAGAUAUUCACAGGAAAUCACACUGGAUCCAAACACAGCUCACACACGUCUGUUAUUAUCUGAGGGAAACAGAAAAGUGACAGUAAUGAAGGAAGAUCAGUCUUAUUCCAGUCACACAGACAGAUUCACUGGUUAUUGUCAGGUCAUGAGUAAACAGAGUCUGACUGGACGUUGUUACUGGGAGGUGAAGUGGACAGGAAUACUAGCAGUUUAUGUAGCAGUGACAUACAAGAACAUCAGCAGAUCAGAGAGUUCAGAUCAAUGUAUAUUUGGAUGCAAUGACAAAUCUUGGGCUUUAUUUUGUAACCAAAACAGUUGUAAUUUUUUUCACAAUAGAAUCAGCACUAAAGUCUCAGAUGUUAAAGUCUCCAGAGUAGGAGUUUACCUGGACCACAGAGCAGGUCUUCUGUCCUUCUACAGAGUCUCUGACACCAUGACUCUGCUCCACAGAGUCCAGACCACAUUUACUCAGACUCUCUAUGCUGGAGUUCGUCUUUUUUCUCUACCUGGAUCCACAGCAAAGUUCUGUAAACUCAAAUAGACUUGAGUUCUUUCAGGAGCAGUGAGUUCAACUCUGAGUUUAAAUCUUUCACUUCUCUGCUCUCGUCGCUCUGAUCACCUGUCAAUCAAACAGUGUGGGCGAGUCCACUUGUUUAAAAGAUGUUUUUCUUGUCACUUUGUAAAGACACAAAUCUAUAAUCACAUUUAACAUUUGUCUCUUUGAAAGAACUCAUGUUGUUGUCGAUGUCAGAUUCUUUGAUGUUUGCUCAAAUUGUCAUGAUCAUGAUGAUCAUCAAUGACGAGGUGAUUUCUUCUUUUCUUUUCUGUCACAUUGAGGUGAAACAAAGUGAUUCAAAGUAUCUAUCCAUUGUUGAUGAUUGUAUUAUAUCAUCAUGUUGUCAUCAUUUAAUUCCUUAUAUCUGUGGAGUUUGUUUUAAUCAGCCAGAUCAUUAUUUUUUUUAUGUUUUUCCAUGUUUGAGAUCGAGGUGAAACAAAGUGAU